CAUCGGCUCUAUUCUUCGCCUCACAAGUAAAACCGCUACUACGUUUUCUCAGUUACCUUCAAUCGGACGGAUCACCUCUUUUUGUUUCUCUACUUCACUGACAAUGGCCGCCGCCGCUCCUCCGCCGCCCCCCACCCCAACCCCGUCUCCCCCCUCCACCGUCCCAGCCGAUUCAACUCCAAUCGGUCACCCUCUAUUCUCCCGUGUCCGUCUCGCGGCUCUUUCUGAUGUCCCUCACAUUCACAAGCUUAUUCACCAAAUGGCGGUCUUCGAACGUCUCACUCAUCUCUUCUCUGCCACCGAAUCUUCUCUCUCCGCUUAUCUCUUCUCCUCUACGCCGUUCCAAUCCUUCACAGUUUUCAUCCUUGAAGUUUCCACUAAACCCUUCCCCGAAAACUCCCCUCAUAACUAUAACCCUAAUUACGCCCCUGUCGUACGGAUCAUCAAUUCUGACCUCCCUGUGGACGAUCCGGAAUGGGAGGUUUUCAAAUCGGAAGAUGAGAAUGUGGUGGUUGCUGGGUUUGUUCUGUUUUUCCCUAACUUCUCAACCUUCUUAGGGAAACCUGGUUUCUAUGUGGAGGAUAUAUUUGUGAGAGAGUGUUAUAGGAGGAAGGGCUUGGGUAAAGUUUUGCUGUCGGCGGUGGCCAAACAGGCCGUGAAAAUGGAUUAUGGACGAGUGGAGUGGGUGGUACUUGAUUGGAAUGAGAAUGCGAUUCGAUUUUACAAGGAAAUGGGUGCUCAAAUCUUGCCGGAGUGGAGAAUCUGCAGACUCACUGGCAAAUCUCUUGAGGUUUAUGGAGAUGAUAUCUGACUUUGUUUCCCCUUUUCUUGCUUUUGUUACACUUAAAAGAAACUGAAGAGAAAUGUGGCUGAUAUAUUUUCCAUUUGGAUAUCUUCGUAUCUGCGUAUGGUUUUAGUUGACGUUAAUCUCUGAAACGUUUCUUCUUUUUAGUGGUUUUUGAUCAUGUUGUGUUUGUCA